UUAUCAAGAAUGAAUCUCGAAACCGGCUUAAAGCCUUCAAGUUAUGAGUUUUUUCCUAUAAAUGAAAUGAAAAAAGUUUUACGAGAAGGUGUAAUACAAUGUUCUGAUCGAGGUCUUUAUUUUUCUGCUAAAUGGGCAGCUGAAACAGUGGAAGGAUUACCUAACGUACCCGUUGACAAUUCAGAAAUGGACAUAUCAAUGGAUUCAAGUAUGACACAAGAAUCAACAAAUCUUGAUUUAGUCGAAUAUGAUAAAUUUCUGUUGGGUAAAAGUUAUUUCGAUGUCAAGGAAUUUGACAGAGCUGCUUACUUUCUUGAAUCAUGUAAAUCCUCCAAAUGUAGAUUUUUAAAAAUAUAUUCAAAAUAUAUGGCCGGAGAAAAGCGUAAAGAUGAAGAAAGUCAUGAUAUUAUGGGUCAAAUGAAUGAUUUAAAGACAUUUAACAAAGAAAUACCUAAAUUAAUGGAAGAAAUGGAAUCAUGGCGAAAUUCUUGUGAAAUGAAUGAUGGUUUCCUGCUUUACAUAUAUGCAGUAAUGCGCAAACAAUUAUAUCCUCAAGAUAAGAAUCUUAAGGAUUUAUUUCUGGAAUCAGUACAAAGUUAUCAUUACAAUUGGAGUGCUUGGAUUGAGUUGGGUGAAUGUAUUACUAAUAGGGAUAUGUUAGGAAAUGUGUUAAGUCGAUUGCCGAAUACUUUUAUGUCAUUAUUUUUCAAACUUCAUAUGUCAGUUGAAUUACAAGAUUCUCCGCAAACGUUUUCUGACAUAGCUGCAGAAUUCCCAUCAGAAUAUGUUGAUAAUAGAUUCUUGAAGACAAAACAGGCCUUAAUGUAUUAUUAUAAUCGAGAUUAUGAUCUUUCUGAAACAAUAUUUGAUAGGUUACUUAAAGCUGAUCCAUAUAGAAUAGAUGAUAUGGACAUAUAUUCGAAUAUAUUGUAUGUUCUAGAGGGGAAAAGUGCUAAGCUAAGUAUCUUAGCUCAUAUGUGUGUAUUUUCAGAUAAGUUUCGGGCUGAAACUAUGUGCGUUUUAGGAAAUUAUUAUAGUUCAAAAGUAGAACGAGAAAAAGCAAUUUCAUAUUUCAGAAGAGCAUUACAGAUUGACCGAAAUUGUUUAUCGGCUUGGACGUUGAUGGGGCAUGAAUAUGUGGAAAUAAAAAAUACACACGCUGCAGUAAUUUCAUAUAAAAGAGCAGUAGAGGUAAAUCCAAAAGAUUAUAGAGCGUGGUGUGCUCUUGGACAAAUAUACGAAAUGUUGAAGUUACCAUUUUAUGCAAUUUAUUAUUUUCAACGUUCUUCAGCAUUAAGACCAUAUGAUUCUAGAAUGUGGUUAAGAUUAGCUGCACUUUAUGAGCAGCAAUGUUUGUAUGUAGAAGCCAUUAAAGGAUUUAGUAGAGCACUUGAAGCAAAAGAUAUCGAUAGUACAUCUACCAUUUAUGCUAUGACAAAAUUGGCUAAAUUAUAUGAAGAUUAUGAUACUGAAAAAGCUGCGGUUAUUUGGAUUCGUUUGUUAGCUAAGGAUGAUUUACAUGAAGAUGCCGAAGAAAGAAAAAAUGGACAUAAAUUUUUAGCUCAUUAUUAUAAGGAAAAAGGAGAUGUAGAAGAAUGUAUAAAGCAUACUGAACUUUUAUCCAGUUUUGGAGUACAGGUAUUCUCUUAAUUAUUUAUUUAAUUUAUUAUUGUUUAUUAAUUAAAAUUUUUGAUAUUUUAAACCUUACUUUCAGUCAAAAGAAGAUGCAAGAAUUAUAGUAAAGGAAUUGGAAGAUGGAUUGCUUUUAUCAAAAAAAUCCUAGAAUUUAUAUAUAAUAAAAAAUAUGUAGUUUAAAUUUUCAGAAAGCUAAAUAUAAUAUAUUUUAUAUUAAAUGGUAAUUUGUUAUAAAAAUAUAUAAAUUAUAAAUUUUUAUGUAACUAUUAAAUACAAUAUAA